ACUCAGUAGCGGUUUCAGCAAAAGACGGCGUUGGCUCAGCAAACCUCUUGCUUUUCUGUGUCAGACGGUUUUCAAGUUGCGGUCGCCCUUUUCCCCCGGGAAAGGCCAGACGCAUCGCCUGCUUUGGUCGGCUCAAGAUGGCUGGUUGAUGACUACCAUCGAGUCCGAAGGCGCUUUUGCUGAGGCUUGGGGACACCGAUGUGCACAGCGUGUCGAGCGGCCCUACGUGUUCUAGGCCAACAAAGCGUCCGUAAUGACAAUUCGCGUGGGGAGAAGGGCGUGGGGGAAGGGGAAAGGUGAGUGGCGGCAGGAGCGCUGCUGGAGAGGUGAGGCCGACGCACACAUGCAAGCAUCGGCGUGGACGAGUUGGCGACGGAAUCGCGUGAUGUAGCUAACAAGGUGCCCAAAGCGGCCGAAGCGGCUGCGGAGUGAUGCGAUGGCGUCCAUGUUGGAGCUCGAAACCGGAGUUUCCCAUCCUGUUCCUGGGCCUGGAUGCCGCUGGCAAAUCGACGGUCCUGUAUGGGCUCAAGCUCGGUGAAGUUGUAACCACCGUGCCCACAAUCGGCUUCAAUCUGGAAACCAUCGAGCGCAACGGCCUCAAAAUUAACUGCUGGGAUGUAGGGGGCUGCGACAAGAUACGUCCCCUGUGGCGCCACUUCACGGAGGGCUGUGUGGCCGUGGUGUUCGUGGUGGAUUCAAACGACCGCGAGCGACUGGCAGCCGCACGCCAGGAGCUGCAGGACGUGCUGAGGGAUGUGGCGAGCGGCGUGCCAGUGCUGGUGCUGGCUAACAAACAGGACCUGCCCAACGCGCUUCCUGCCGCGGAGGUGGCCCGACUCAUGUGGCUGGCACCGCCGCAGCCGCCAUUGCAGCAACAGCAGCGGCACCCAACCCCGGAGCAUGCAGUCCUCACGGCCCAUGUCUCGAUCGCUUCUCCUGCACCUAGCGGCGAGGGCAGCUGCAAUGACGGCGGCGGCAGCGGUGCAGAUGCUGCUGCCGCAGCCGGCCCGGCGCCGAGCCCCAGAAUGAGCGAGGAAGAGCGGUGUUUCCGGGACCUCAUGUCGCGUCACGCAGUGCAUGUGCAGCCCACAUGCGCUCUGAGGCUGUUCGGCGUGCUUGAGGGGUUCGACUGGCUCGCGAGUGCUCUGGACCACGCCCGACAGCAGGACAGCGGCAGUGGCGGCGCCGCCGCAAAUGUCAACGGCAGCAGCAAUGCCGGCAGCUCGCUGGGGCUGCUGCGGGCGGUGAUGCCAGCUGGCUGGCGCAGCCGUAGGCAGGCCCGUCAGCGGCAGCAGGCCCGGCAGCUACCGGAGCAGCAUCAGCAGCAGCAGCAGCAGCGGUCUGUGAUACACAGAUGGGCAGCAGGUGCCAUGCGUGGCGCAGCUGGCGGGAGCCAUCCUUACGGGGCGUCAACCGGCGCAGCCACCGCCACCAAGAGCACCAGCAGCGGCGGUGCUGGUGCUGGCGGCGGCGGCGGCGGCCCGGUGCUGCCCAGUGCUGAGGAGCGGCUGAGCGGCUGGCUGGCGGAGCCGGUGGCGGCGGGCGACAGCGACGAUGCCUUCCUUGCGGCACUGGAGGCGUGUGAGCCGGGGGUGCGCUGGGACCACUUUGCGCACCUGCGCUUGGCCUGGCUUUAUCUGGUGCGCUACGGCCGGAGCCAGGGCGCGGCGCGCAUCUUCCAGGCCGUGCAGCGCUACAUUCAGCACGGCGUGGCCGGCGGCGGCGGCGGCCGCACUUUCCACACCACCAUGACAUUCUUCUGGAUGCACAUGGUGCACUACGCACUGGCCAGCAGCCAACUGCACACUCCCAUGGUGCGCACCUCGUUCCGCGCCUUCCUGAUUGCCAACCCGUACCUGGCCGACAGCGGCCUCUUCCUGCGCCACUACAGCCGCGCCCGCAUGCUGCACGACCCCGCCGCCCGCACCGCCCUACUGCUGCCCGACCUGCAGCCGCUGCCCUCGCUGGUGACCGACGUGGAGGCCAGGAAGCGGGAGCAGGCGCGGGAGAAGAGGGUGGCGGUGGUGGCAGGAGCAGCAGCAGCAGCGGUUGUUGGCACGCCCCGGCUGCUGGCGCGGGCAGCGGGCGUGGCGUCAGGCUGGGGGGCGCGCGGCGACCGCAGCAGUGGCGGUGGCAGCGUCUCCCUCAGACGUGAGGAGGACGGCGUGCUGAGCGCCGCGUACCGGCGUAGUAGCACCAGCAGCGGCAGCACCAGCAACAGUACGCGCAGCGGCGGCCGCCUCCGCAGCGAUGGCGGGCAGAGGGCUGCGGCGGGAGCUGCUCGCGGAUUUCACCACCGCCUACCGGCCGCAGCCGCAGCAGCUGCUCGGGAUGAGGACCUGCUAGCCGCAGUGCUGCAGCACCUCCCCGGGCGCGCUGCUGCUACUGCCACCUCCGGCGGUCUGGGUCAGGCGCUUCCCAGCAGCGGGCUCCGCCAACAAGCCCAAGGCGGAAGCCAGGUUGCUGUGGGCCUGCGCCACAACUUUGAGGGGCGCGGAGAUGGCGGUGUGGGUCAUACGAGCAGUGGCAGCCCAUCGCCGUCGCUGCUGACCGGGUGGGGCAGUGACACGCUGCCGCGAGUUGCAUACGCCGCCAUUCGGCACCACGGGUAUGCGCGUGCCUCGGAGCUGUUGCAGGCGGCAGCCGCGGCUGCGGCCACUACACGCGGCCAGGCGUCAACCGAGGAGAGCAGUGCCCGCGGCACUCUGGAGUCCCCGCCUGCUCUAGCGGAAGCAGCUGCAGCAGCGAGCGCGGAAACCCGUCCACACGUAAAGCGCGCUGGUGAUCUGGGCUCAUUACUGGGCAUGGAUGUAUCGCAAUUGCAAGAGGUCGUCCGGGAUGUGGCACGGGGCAUAGCGGCGCGCCUGCCGACGGCUCCGGAACCCGCUCCAUCUGCUGCUGGCAAGAGUGCGCGCGCUCGGAUCUCUGUGGACGUGGGUGACGGGAAGCCAAGGGUAGGUGGUGGUUCAAAGCAAGGCGACUGCAGCGACGACGAGGAGGAGGAGGGGGAGUGGCUGAGUGUGGGCGACCACGAGGCAUGGGGUGUCGUUACCGCAUUGAACGACAAAGCGUUGCGCGUGGAUGGGGAGGACGCGGAGCUUGAGAAGAUGUUGGGGUCCGACCGCGUGCCACUCAUGCGCGCAGCAUUGCCGCAGUACCGGCUGCUGUUCACGUCGGGAUAGUGCCAUGGCGGGGAGCCGGGCGUGGACCAGCGGUGUAGGCGGUAAGGCGGCGGGGGUCCCGACGGCAAAAGGGGGGAAAGAGCGAUGGCCCACGCAAAUUUGGAUCCAAAGUCGUUGUCCACGCAAGCAACUGCUGUUCGAGCCUUCGAGGCGGGCGCAUUGUUGAGGUGGGCGGAUAUAGUU